AUGUCGCUCGGAGAGGUUGCUUGCAGCUACUCGCUUAUGAUCCUUCAUGAUGAUAACAUCGCAGUCACUGGUGAGAAAAUCUCAACAUUGUUGAAAGCUGCAAAGGUUGAUGUUGAAACUUAUUGGCCAAACUUGUUUGCGAAACUUGCUGAGAAGAAAAACCUUGAUGAUUUGAUUUUGAAUGCUGUUGGAGGCGGGGCUCCUGCUUCUGUUUCAGCUCCAGUUGCUGCUGCUUCUGCCACGGCAGUUGCUGCUCCAACCGAGGAGAAGAAGGAAGAACCAAAGGAAGAAAGUGAUGACGACAUGGGAUUCAGCUUGUUUGAUUAG